GCAAUUAGCAGGAAGAAUACGUGCAGGUUUUUUGAAGCAUACUAACAUCAGAAUGAACAAGUAGCUCUUCACUCAAGUUAUAUAUCCUACAUAAGACGAUUGUUGUGAAAAUGGCUGACUUGUCAAAGAAUGUUCAAAAUGGUCUUGCGCCAAACCAGCUUCCAUCAUCACAGCCACUGCCCAAUGGCCCUCAAUUGGUGCAAUUUGUGGAUAAUGUUCAACUAAACCAAAUUACAAGUGCAGCACAUGCUGAAAACACGUCUCGUGUGCAGCAAAUGCUCAAAGGAAAGCUCAAAGCCCUGGGUAUAACGGAGAUUAUGACGGGUCUAAUUGUCAUUAUCAUUGGAAUUGUAAAGGUCAGCAAGAGGUCACGUCGACUUUGGCUCAGUUUGUUUUCCCUAAUAUUUGGCACACCCUGGUGGACUGGAGCUCUAUUUAUUGUUGCAGGGUCACUCGCUGUAGUUGUUGAAAAGAUGCCAACUGAUUGCAUGAUCAGAGGCUGUUUAGCAAUGAACAUCAUCAGUGCCAUUUCCUGCUUACCAGCCAUAAUAAUAUAUGCUUUAAACCUCACAAUUUUCACAAUUUUCAAUUCUGAGGAUACAGCAUGUGUCAUCAUACUUCUCCUAUUGACAUUGCUUAAUGCAGCAAUAUCUAUUGCAAUUUCAAGCUUCAAUUGUAAAGGUCUGACUUGUUGCUACGAGACAACAGCCAUGCCAGUUAUUGUGGUCUACAACAAUGCAUCUGCACAACCAAUUCCCCCCCAAGAGUUCCAGGACAACCCUCCUCCCUACAACGUGAUAGUGACAGAAAAUGUAUAUGCUGGAUAAGAAACUGUUUCUGAUGAAAUUGAACGACAUGCAAGUUAAUUCAACUUACUGAACUUGAAGCAACAUUAUUAAUAUGCAUGUAAAGAGUUAGGAUUCCGUUUUUGUCCUUGGGCUGCAUGUGAUUUUGCCAAGGCUGCAUUUAUUACCCAUAUCCAAGUAGGCUGGGGAGCCCACAUUAAGCUUUAUACUCAGUGUUGCUUCAGAGGGGAUGAAUUUAUGGUGCUGUAGGUUGCCAUGUAGGCAGUAUAACAUUGAGGGUUCAUGAGAGACAGACAUACUGCCUUAUAAGAAAGUUAUGAGCUUGUUGUAUCGUUUCAGUCUUUCAGACCCUUAAUAGUGAUUUACUUUUGGUGGCUAUCCUCUAGUUGCUAGAUUUAUCUAAUUCAGUUUCAUGGCUUUAGGGCCAUAACCAAUGCAUUUCUCAUAAAUAUAACUAGAUGUUUAUUGUCUGCUGCAGACAAUCAAACCUCCACGUCUUGAGAAUUGACUCCAAGGAUUGGUAAUUGAUUUUUGUCCAACAGCAUGCAAGAGGAAAUGACAAGGCAGCAAAACACAUUGCACUUAAAUAAAAGCCAAAUAUUGCAGGUUCUGGAAAGUUGAAAUCAAAACAAAAAGUGCUGGAAAAACUCAGCUGAACUGGGAGCAUCAGUGGAGAGAGAAAAAGAGUUAAUGUUUCAAUUCUGUUUCUCUCUCCAUGGGUGCUGCCAGACCAUGAUUGCUCCAGUAUUUCCAAUUUUAGUGCAUUUUACAUCCCUCUCUCAAUCUGAAAUCAACGAAAAUAAAUAUGGGCAGAGUAGUAAUAGUUUGCCAGUUUGAUGUUGCCACAUUAUUUCACAUUAUCAUGUAUUAAAUCAAUUGAAUCAUCCAAAGAGAGUGUACCAGAAUUUUUAAACUCAUUUUGCACCUUAGACACAUUGUUAAUCAGUCUCAGUUUAUCCUCAUCAGUGACACAUGUUGACAAUGCAAGUUGUAAAUGUAUUCCUGGGUAUUUUAUCACAUGACUUGCCACUAUGUUCCAGCUGUUAAUCAGCCAAUACAUCUAUUUUGAUGGCAUAGUGUUUUCCUGCAAUAGUCCUUACCCACUGAAUGACAUUUGACCAUCAGCCAAACAACCUUUUUUCCUCCAUUUCAAUAUUUUGAUAUCUGGUGAGAAGAAAUAUUCAAAGAAAAUGACAAAAAAAAUCUCUUUGAAUUUUCACCAAGGUUACUUAUAGUAGUGCCCUGCAGAUUAAUUGUCAAUUCCUAUAAACUGAAGGCCAAUCCUGGAUGGUUGGAAAUCCUGGAUUAUCAGCUUAAUCCCUAUACAUAAAGUUGUUUUUUGGAUCAGCUGCUCAUUACAGAAAUUGUCCAAUUUUCAUCCCUGCUUGAGGGGCAGUUAUCUAUAUGCAUCAGAAUUACAUAUCAGAAGUGCAACUUAUAUUCAAACGAUUUUUAGGUUGAGGAACGUUUCCCCAUAAGAGUGAUGUAAAUAAGGGGGGACAGGGCCAGCCAAUGCAUUAAUGUCACCCAUGAAUCUCAUAAGUGCAGUUUCUCCCAUAAGAAACAAUGAAAUGAGGUAGGAAUAGGUACUUUAACUUAUGGAAAUGUUCUGUUUCAAACCUAGCAACCAAAAUAUAUAUGAUACAUGUAUUAUACUGUAUAGCAUAAUGUACACACACCCCCAUACUUUUAGACUACAUGUAUAAUAAAUCAAUUUAUGUAUAAUAAAUCAACAUAAAAGUGAAUUCAUUUGUUGAACCAUGAAAUGAAUGAAUAAAGUAACAGACUCGCAGCAGGUUGUGAGAUUUGAUUUGAUUUGAUUUGAUUUGAUUACAAAAUUGGCUUAUCCAAACAAAGCUCAGGAACCAGAAGACAGUCUUCCAAUUCCCUGGUGAGCAGGACCUAUGGCCUAAAUUGUAUCUCUCUAGUUCUGCUUCUUCACAUGCCAAAGUUAAUUUAUUGGUUACCUAUUACUUUACACUCUUUAAAUACUGACUAAGUAUUUGUUUUAUUUUAACAUUAUCAAUUUAUCACUAUAUUUUGUUCUUCUCAGCAAGUUGUUUAUGCUUUCUUCAUUCCUCAAUGUUUGGGUUGAAAUUCAUGUUUAAUGUUGCACCAAACUUUAUCUUUCUGAAAUUUGUUCACCAGCCUUCAAGUGAGGAAAGGGCCACCCAGAUGUAAGCAAAUGUAUGUCGCUGUUAAUUUGGUCCUUGCACUGAAAUAUCAGUUCAUUGAAUGUAUCAGUUCUUUCUUGUAUCUGUGCAUUUUUUUUAUACUUUGAAAUGUUUAUUAGUUAUUUGAACAUUAAGCAAAUCACCACCUGAAAUCAGAUUAACACUUCAUUUGCUGCUGUUGGUCUACAGAUAUUUCCUCAAUACAAGUAUAAUCUAAGACAACAUGGCACUGCCACCAUGAGAGAAUGUGGCAUUGUUGAUGAAGCUAUCCCUUAGUUAAGAUGCAGUUAAACAUCACACAACAUUAGGUUAGAGUCCAACAGGUUUAUUUGGAAGCACUAGCUUUCGAAGCGCCGCUCUUUUAUCAGGUGGUUUUAGAGAAUAUGAUCAUGACCACAGAAUUUAUAGCCAAAGGAGUCCAGUGGAGAUGUGAUACAUUAAACAAUUUUAGAUCAA